UCCCUAGCUGUUGUUUUUAUCACAGUGGCAUAAGGGAGCAUUUAACAAGUAGUAUUAUGGAACGUCCAGAAGUUACGUUUACGUUAGCUUAUUUGGUUUUUGUAGUAUGCUUCGUUCUCACCCCCAGCGAAUUUCAUUCGGCAGGGAUCACAGUACAGAAUCUUUUGUCGGAAUGGUUGGGCAGCGAAGACGUGGACUUUGUGCACUUUCACCUCAAGAGAACAACUGCUACUCUUUGGGUCCAUUCACUGCUUCCGCUUGGAUAUUAUAUUGGAAUGUGUUUUGCUGCACCAGAAAAGCAGCUGCAUUAUAUUCAUCAGGUUACUGAAGGCUGGACGUUAUACUUUCUGCUUGCAAUUGCAAUUCCUACACUUACUGGUAUUCUUGGUUAUUACUGGUCAAGGAAUAACUGGGGAAAUCAUCCGUUAGCAAGAACUCUUGCUUAUCAUGCUCUUCCACAGUCUGACUGGAGAGCAGUCGCUUCUUCUAUUAACACUGAGUUCCGAAGAAUUGAUAAAUUUGCAACUGGUGCACCAGGAGCCAGGGUGAUUGUUACAGAUACUUGGGUUAUGAAGGCCACCACCUAUCAUGUGUACAUAGCACAACAGCAGGACAUUCACCUGACAGUAACAGACUCCAAGCAACAUGAACUUUCACCGGAUACCAACACACCAGUACAGUUCCUUACUAUUCAAGUGGCCAGUAUUAACCCUCAUGUAAAGCCUUUUGAUAUCAGAUUGAAUUCUACAGAAUAUGGGGAGUUACGUGAAAAGCUCCAUGCACCUAUCCGAAAUGCUGCAAAUGUUGUGAUCCAUCAAACACUCAGUGACAUGUUUUUGGAGACAUUUAAAUCACAGGUUGAAAUGAACCAAAGAUAUUUACUACCUAGCAAUCAGGAUCUGGAGCCUUGCAUAGGCUGCAUGCAGAUUUCCUCUAAUAUCAAACUGGUGAAGCUGUGCCAAGAUCCCGGUGAAGGAGAGUGCCAACAAUGCUACUGUCGUCCUAUGUGGUGCCUGACAUGCAUGGGAAAAUGGUUUGCCAGUCGACAAGACCAGCAGCACCCAGAGACAUGGUUAUCAAGUCAAGUGCCAUGCCCCACUUGCCGAGCUAAAUUCUGCAUUUUGGAUGUUUGUAUAGUGCAUUGAAACUACUUUGAUUUCUUUUUUUAUAUCUAGAUCCAGAAAAUGUAUAUGCAUCUCUUUUUUCAGAAUAUUAUGAGAAGUAUAGAAAUUGCCUCUGCAAAGUAAUCUGCUUCAGAUUUUUUUAAUUCAGUUAUAACUUGCAGUGUGCUGCUUGGGGAUUUGCCUCAUUAUUUUUUUUACCAUGUCAUGACCUUUUUGGAGCCCUUUCUUAAGUCUGUGGUACUUAACAUUAUCUUUUUUAGGUGAAACGAAAUCUAAAUUAAUUUAAAUUUUAAUACAAAUGGUUGUAUAUAUACCCAUAUGCAUACAGCUAUGCCUACUGUACUGGUGAAAAUCUUUUUGUGAAAAGGAGAACAAUUAAAAUAUUUUAAUCCA